AUGGGCUCCAUCGAGGAGACAUAUGGAAUCUUCCGCUUCGUAGACCCGGAUUUGUCAGUAUCGGCGUACGAUAGAGCUAUCUUCGCCAACCCGCGGCCAAAAAGGCUCGAGCAGCUCAAGCUUCCUUUGCACAACUUCUGGACUUCUGACGAAGUUGCCAAAGGCAAUGCAGGUCUCGACACUCAAGGCUUCACAUACAUCAAGCAUGCUUCGUCCUUGACAGCAGAUGAAGUGUUCGAGGGCAGAAAUGUGGAAGAUGUCUUGGUUCCAGAGACCAUCGACAUGAUGCUCAAACUGACUGGAGCUAAACACGGCGUUGCGCACAACGUAGGAUUCCGCCGCAAGUCUGCAGCCAAGCAGGAGAAUCUGGACUUCAUUCCCAUGAGAGGCAAUGAGCUGGACCAGAUCCUUGCAAAGAUGCCCAAGAACCAACUUCUAGUGAAUGGAAAGGAUGUGCAGUCCUCCAGCGAACCAGCACGCCAGUGCCACGUAGACACAACGCUGAAAGGGCUCCGCACGACUCUGCGGUCUGCAACAACAGAGAUCGCAGAAUCAGCACGAAACGUCAUCGAAGCAGAGGAUCUCCGCGCAUCAGGCGUAGAUGUCAGAGUGCCUCGUUUUGCUUCUUACAGUAUCUGGCGACCGUUGCAGACGGUCAAGCGUGAUCCGAUCUCUGUUUGCGAUUAUCGCUCGCUGGACAUGUCGGAGCUCAUUCCCACCGAGAAUCGAAUUCCCAGCGGCAUCAAUCCAGAAGGCGACUAUGUCGUCGAAGCCUACACGGCACAGCCUCCGAAGCGGCCAGAGCUGCAGAAAUGGUAUUGGGUGCCCGAGCAGAAGCCCGACGAAGUGUGCAUCAUCAAGUUCGCCGAUUCGGCCGCGGAAAACGAUCCCAACAUCGCAGCUUGUGGAUUGCAUGUCAGUCCUGUUCUGCCAGGCACUGAGAACGAAGAGAUCAGACAGAGCUCUGAGACUCGAGUUUAUCUGUUUUGGGAGUAG